GAUAAAAGAAAGCGAGGGUGUAGUUUUUUGGAGAUAUUUGUAAGAUGUGACUUGUUAAAACAGUGUUUUUUCCCCUUGGUAACAAGUGUCUCCACGUUUUGUGUAGUGUGAGUGUGGUUCAUUUGUUGGCAAGUUUCAUGACCUUGGCACGUGAUUGACUCCUAAAAUCGGUGCAUAAUCACAUGAGAUUGAGUUUCCUGAUGAGUGCAUCCUCACAUACAUGGAGUUUCAACUGGAUAGUGCAGAGUACUGUCAGGCUCAACACAAAUAGAGAGAAUCGUCCGAGUGUUCCAAAACUACAAAGAUACACACUGAAGUAAGCAAAGAAGCGGAAGACCAUCUCAAAUUAAGAAGGGAAAGGAUAUUGAAAAUAUCUGAGAACAUCGCCCUGAAAGAGUCAGAAAUCAUCAGCUAGUCAUCAUAUGCGAAAUAGAAGAAUUUAUUAGAUGCAAUUGUUAAUUUACCCUAUCUUAUGCAGGCACUGUAGUUACCGAACGCACCUCAUCUGGGAGCACCCAGUGCCAAAUAGAUAAUCUUCCGAGUAGUCUAAAGAAAAAGUUCCCUCUUCCGAGUGGGGAAAAAAGCGCAUAUCAGCAACGCCUAAUGUAACAUAGUUUUUUCACCUUUUUCGGCGAGAUUCGCACCUUAACCACCCUCCCCAAAUUUUACAUGUAAACCCAUUGUUCUGUCCUCUGUAUAAAAAUAACGAGUAUUUAAUUUUUGAUUUAAAUGAGAAACAACAUUUUAUAAGACUGAAAGCUAUGGACUAAAUCCAGAAGAAAAAACAAAAAAAAAAUAUCCCAACUUCUGUUGCUUGAUAAAGAGUGGUUGUUUUGAUUUGUAGUUGAGGUUCAAAAAAAGGAGUGUUUUAUUCCCUCGAAAUAGAGAGAGAAAAAAAAAUAAAAAGGAAAGAAAUAACAAGAAAAAAAAGAGGAGAGUGAGAGAAGGAGAGAAAAAGAAGAGUUAAGAAAAACUGGUUUUUUUACACUUCCUCUUGUUAUCAAGAAGGAAAUGAACAUGACGUUCAAAGACAUCAGACCGGCACCAGCCGAAAUUGAAUUCAAAAAUAUGAAGUUCCUCAUUACUGAUCGGCCCAGCGAUCAGAGCAUCCAUGCUUUUAUUCAAGAACUGAAGAGGCACAAUGUUAAAGAAGUAGUAAGAGUUUGUGAACCAACGUACAAAGUUGAUGAACUCAGACAAGAGGGCAUCGACGUCAUCGACUUGGUUUUCGACGAUGGCACCUUCCCACCAAAUGAGGUUGUAGACGAGUGGUUCGAAUUACUAAAAAAUCGAUUCCGAGAAUCACCUGAUGCAUGCGUUGCUGUGCACUGCGUAGCAGGACUUGGAAGGGCACCUGUUCUCGUUGUUCUUGCUUUAAUCGAGCUCGGCCUCAAGUAUGAAGACGCAGUUGCUUUAAUCAGAGAAAAGAGACGAGGUGCUAUCAAUGCCAAGCAGCUGGCCUAUUUGGAAAAGUAUCGUCCAAAGUCUCGACUGAAGCUCAAGAACGGACAAAAAAACUCUUGCUGCGUCCAGUAGAUAAAAUAAUUCUUUUUUGAAAGCGACUAUAAUAAUUGAUACUAAUUGGUACACAUUAUUGUAUAAGUUUAUGCGUCAGACGACAAAUUUUGUGUCGUGCCAUUACUGCUUGAAAAUUACCUGUCAAUGGAAAUGCAACACAAGUCUUUGUAAUUCGAGUCAUAAAGUGAUGAGACUUUAUUUUUCGAAAUCUCACCGAGAAAAGAAAUUCGGUUUUCUCGCUUUUUAGUCGAGCCGGUUUUUUUUUGGCUUUUUUAUACUAGAGGCCUCUUUCUUUUUUUUUUUUAAUCAAUUAUUUUAAGCUUUAAUCUAUUUUUCUUUGAUCAUCUAUUCAACUAUUUUAAACUUUUUUUAAUUCAAACAAUUUUUUAAAAAUCGAGUAUUUUCGAACUUGUUUUUUACCUGAAUUUAUUUUUUAUGAAUUUUUAAAUUAAAUCUCUUUCUUUCUUUAUUUUUUUUCUGCAAAAUUAGUGUAGGAUUUUUUUCGAUAAAGAAAAAAAUAAUUUUGAUCUAUUGCUUCGUGCCACAUAAAUUGUGUUAAGAGAUUUGAAAAAUUAAUUUGCUCUUUUUUUGCGAGUGAUUAAUUUUUAGUGACAAAUUUGCAUUAUAUUUGCAAUGUCGAAAAAUGAAAUUGGAAAAAAAUCAAGUGAUAAAUUGAGAGGGAGGGAAAAUAAUGAGAUUUACUAUAUUGUGAAAUUGUGUAGAUCUCUUUAAUGUUGGAAAAGUAUAUUAUUUCUAUCAGAGAGUGAAAUUGAUAUUGACCUUCCGUCGAAGGGCAAACACGAUGAAACAUUUAUUUAAAGAAAAACUGAAUUGCUUUUCCGUGAUAAUCUUUCGAUAAGCGCGUUUCAUCGUGCUUGCAAGUAUUUGAUAAACACUUUUUCUAUUAAUUUUUUUCUUCUCUUCCUUCUUUUUUCUAAACAAAGCGAGAAGUGACUAGUAAAAUUAUCUAUUUGCGUUCUGUACACACGCAAAUAGUAAUCUAGGUUAAUAAAGAAUUGUAAAUUAUAUUUUGUAAUGAGACGCAUUUUCUUCUCGUUGAUGGCGAAAUUUUCAAAAAAGAAAUCGACUCAUGAAAAGCAUUUGUAAAAAAAAUUUACGAGAAGUUUGUUUUUUUGCGUCUGAAAUUUGUACAUUUUUUUUUCUUCGAUUUAAGGAGCGCGACGAGGAGAAGAAAGAUGAGAAAUAAAAACGGAAAAUUGCUUUUUAAAAAACUUUUCAAUUCUUUUUUGAGAAAAUACAUUUUUCGUGGAUCAAUUUUUUAAUAUAAUGGAUUUUUUUUAAAUAAAUUGAAAUGGUUUCCAUAUUAAUUGUAAUUUUCGCUUUGGAGCAAUUUGAAAUUUUGUAAAAAUUGCUUUGUCAUCUUUCUCUUUAAAUUGUGCAAUGACCUUUACCAAACAUCACAUUAGGAUUAAAAAGAAAAUUGUUUUUUAAUUUUUUUUUUCACCUGGCUUGAGUUUAUUCUUUGCAAAAGAAAGUACAAUGAAAGUGCUGGAAAAAUUUAUUUUUUUUGCUUCUUUUCGAAGCUUCGGCUAAUUUUAAAAUGCUGAUCUCCUUAAAUUAAGAUAAUUAAGCCUUAACGAAUUUGUAGUGUAUUGAAAAUGUAAAGAAAAAAAAAUCUCUCGUUCAAUUAUCACGAACAAAGAUCGCCAAAUGAAGUGACGCUACGUUGCAUUUCCAAUGGCACACAUGGAGCCGGUGAGACACUUAACUCUUUAUUGGACUUGAAAAUAAGCAUUAAUUCGAAAGACGAAUAGUUGAAUUGUGAAAACAAAGGUGAGGUAAUUCACUCCAGAUUUAUAUAUCACUUGAAACGCAGCUCGCUCAUGAUUUUAUCUAAUUUAUUUUCUCUCUCUCUCUCUCUAAUCUCAUUUUUACAAAUGUUCUUAAUUCAGUACUUAACAGAAAAGAAAAAAAAAUACUUGUUCCUUUUCUGAAUACAAAAAAAACACUUCUGUUAUACGUAAUUUUGCUAAAAUUAUCAGCGAGUCUGCGCACCACACUAAACUGUGUUCAAAAAAUAGUCAAAUUCACUUCUAAAAAGAAUUUUAAGAAAACUGUUUCUUCUGUUUGAAAUCGAAAACAACCAUUUUAAAAAAUCAAUUUCCCACUAGAAACAAAUUUCCAUUUUUUAUGAAAUUUUUCUUAUAUUUUUUAUAUAAAAUUUUCUUCUAUUUUUUUUUAUAUAAAAUUAUAUUAUGUAAUAUUAAAUGUUAUUGAAUUGUAAAAAAAAUUCUGUCAAAUGGAAAACAUAUUUUUAUUUGACGAAAAUUAUUUUUGUGAUUAAUUCCAGUGAGCGAGUGAUUUUAAUUUAUCGAUAAGAAAAACGGUUGUUUGAGAACAAACAGAGUAAACAGAAAACUGGAACACAAUCCAAUUUUCUUUAUUUUAAUUUUUUUUUGUAAUAUUAAAAAAAGGAAAAAAGCACUGCAAUAUUUUUUACCAGAGGAUGGGACGAGGGUCAUUCAUAAGAUAAAAAAAAUCGUGUCGAUUCCUAAAUCCAAUAUUGAUAAUAUAUACCAUUCUUCGACUUACUUUAGUUCAAAUAUGUUGAUAAGAAUUACUUAAUUAAAAAAUAUAAAUGUA